CAGUCCAGCAGGGGGCAGUAACGCGCCUUCAGGGGUUGUUUUCCCACUGCCGUAAACUCGGAGAAGAGGUCGUGCGGCGCUUCUGUGUCGUAAAGCAGAACGUGUGGUGUCGCAGGAAGGUUAAAGCAGAAACCGACAAAACCAGCAUCAUGCCGUUCGUGGACGUGCAGUCGCGGCUCGGCAUCAACGUCGACCGCUGGCUGCUGCUGCAGAGCGGAGAGCAGCCCAACAAACGGGCGGCUCGCUGCCACGCCUUCGAGAAGGAGUGGAUCCAAUGUGCCCACGGCAUCGGGCAGACCCGCGCCAAGAAGGAGUGCCAGCUGGAGUUUGAGGACUUCUAUGAGUGCAUGCACAGGCAGAAGACACACCAGAGGCUGCAUGUGAUCCGUCAGCAGCGCGACAAGAUGGUGAAGGAGGGCACCUACACGCCACCCCCCUGCCACACAGGCAAGGCCAGCCCGUCGCUGUGAGGGAGCGUAACGCGCCACAGCUCUGUUCUUGUGUAUAGAAAAAUCAGAUGUCACUAUUUCCUGUUCUGCAAAUAAAUGUUAUCAUCCCCUUU